AAAUAGUCGCUACUGGCUAGUUGGAACUGCAGUGACCUGAACGCCGGCCGCCCGAUCGUCGUCCGUUGACGAAAAACGAUUUAUAAUUUAAGUAUAAGUGUAUCGUCGAGACUGUCGAGGGUCCUGUCCGAUCCAAGUCUCUGUUUUCUCGGAUUUUUUGCUCGAGUCUUCCGAUGAAGACUUGUCAACAGUUCCGCGGACGACGGUCGCGUGACAUCUCCCGUUUGUCUACAUGGUGAUGAUCGUCCAGGUAAAAUGAACGGAUAUUUCUUCUCACUCAACUGUAGGCAACGAGUUGGCAUAAGAAUCAGUAAUCAUUAAAACAUGAGACAGCAGGGAUGGCUGCGCAUUUUGGCGUUUUUAGCAUUUUCAUGGGUAGCGUUUCUUUUGGUGACUGUUAAGCUUGUUAGGCAACAAGAUACAAACGAUACAGAUUCAUCUCAAAGACUGGCCAGAGCUCUUCGAGAACUUGAUAAAUUACAUAAAAGCAACGCUGAGCUCAAUGCUUUAGUAUUGGAUUUAAAUUACAACCCAAGAAUAGAUAAUAAGAAAAUUCUUUUGUCUUAUUUCCAAAAUUCUAAAGGCGGUGGACUAAAUGGUCCACCUGAAGAAUAUGAACUUUCACGUCGCCGUAUAUUUUCUAAUACUAAAGAACUUUGGUACUAUGUUAACUCUGAAUUACAAUCAUUAGUCAAAGAAGGUGAUGGUGUCAAAGUAGAACACAUUUCAAAAAUAAAAGAUAUCAUUGGCGAACACUAUAGAUCUUUAUUAAAAGAUGUAACAAGUUUAGCUGAUGUUGAUGGUCAUGCCGUAUGGAGACAACAGGAAUCUGAAAAUUUAAGUAAUUUAGUUCAAAAAAGAUUAAAACAUCUACAAAACCCUCCAGAUUGUACCAAAGCAAGAAAACUAGUUUGUGAUUUAAACAAGGGCUGUGGAUAUGGUUGUCAACUGCAUCAUGUCGUUUAUUGUUUUAUUGUUGCAUAUGCGACAGAAAGAACAUUAAUUUUGAGAUCUAAAGGUUGGAGGUAUUCCAAAGGAGGAUGGCAAGAUGUAUUCUUACCAUUGAGUGAUACGUGUCUUUUACCAAAUGGAGAAACAACUAAUCGGUGGCCAGGUCAUCGUAAUACUCAAGUUAUUACUCUACCUAUAAUUGAUUCAAUCAACCCAAGACCUCCUUUCCUUCCUCUUGCAUUACCUGAAGACUUAGCCCCAAGAUUGAAUGUAUUACAUGGAGAUCCUGUAGUUUGGUGGAUAGGCCAAUUUCUUAAGUAUAUGCUCCGACCACAACCAGCUACUAGUAAUAAACUAGAUGAAUAUGCCAAAAAAGUUAAAUUCCAAAAACCAAUUGUUGGAGUACAUAUUAGAAGAACUGAUAAAGUUGGUACUGAAGCUGCAUUCCAUAAACUAGAUGAAUAUAUGGUUCAUGUUGAACAGUAUUACAAAUAUAAAGAACUAACUGAUAAAGUUGAUAAAAAAAGAGUUUAUUUAGCUACAGAUGAACCAAAGUUAUUUUCUGAAGCUAAACGCAAGUAUCCCGAGUAUGAAAUAGUUGGUGAUGAAGACAUUUCUAAAACUGCAUCAAUCAGCAAACGCUAUUCUGAUCAAUCGCUAAGUGGUAUCAUAACUGACAUACAUUUUUUGUCUCUUAGUGACUACUUAGUAUGUACUUUUUCAUCACAGGUAUGUCGAGUAGCCUAUGAAAUAAUGAACAGUCUCCAUCCUGAUGCAUCAACUCUGUAUACAUCUUUAGACGACAUAUAUUAUUACGGUGGUCAAAAACGCAGGCUUCAUGUAGCCGUAUUACCUCAUAAGGCAAAUGGACCACAUGAAAUGAAUUUGCUAGUUGGCGAUGAGAUUGCUGUUGCUGGUAAUCAUUGGGAUGGUUAUUCAAAAGGAACAAAUUUAAGAACAAAAGAAAGUGGCUUAUAUCCUACAUUUAAGGUGUCCCCAAAAAUUGAAACCGCGUCUUUUGCCAGUUAUCCAGAUGUAACAUUAAGUAUUAACGAAUUACAAGAACAAAAAAGUUUGCUUAUUACAAUUCAGUGUUGCAAAUCACAAGUAUAAUCUUGUAUAAUAAAAAUACUUAAUUUAAUUAUAACCAGAUUAGGUAUUCCCAUAUAAUAUCUAUUUACCCAUGAAGAAAGCUACAAUUAAGUUAAGGGAAUUCUAAGGAAACUGAUGAAGAAAUUA